UCCCAAUUGGCAGCCAUUUGUGCUUUUAUAUCUGUCAAGCUCUUUUUCUGAACUGUAGUCAUUAAAUGAAGGGAUUUGGUCUGGGAGGGCCCAUCCAUUCCCUCAGCUAGGCGAGGGACCAGGCAAACUGUCUCCGGCAAUCUAAAUAAGAGGGAAUGUUGAACAGGGAACACCGCUGGGGCCGAACAGAGGAGCAGGAACCGGAGCCCAGGCUGUGUCCGCAAACUGUAGGAUCCGGACUUUGGCUCAGGGACGGUCGGAAGUGGGAGAUGGAGAUGCCAGAGGAACCGGCCGAUAGUGGGCAUUCGCUGCCCCCGGUUUAUAUUUAUAGUCCCGAGUAUGUCAGCAUUUGCGACUCUCUCGUCAAGAUCCCCAAACGGGCCAGUAUGGUCCACUCUCUGAUUGAAGCAUAUGCCCUGCACAAACAAAUGAGGAUAGUGAAGCCCAAAGUGGCCUCCAUGGAGGAUAUGGCCACCUUCCACACUGAUGCCUAUCUGCAACAUCUCCAGAAGGUCAGCCAAGAAGGUGAUGAGGACCAUCCGGACUCCAUAGAAUACGGACUAGGUUAUGACUGCCCAGCCACAGAAGGAAUAUUUGACUAUGCGGCCGCUGUAGGAGGAGCUACGAUCACAGCUGCCCAGUGCCUGAUUGACGGGAAGUGUAAAAUAGCGAUUAACUGGUCUGGAGGGUGGCAUCACGCAAAGAAAGAUGAAGCAUCUGGUUUUUGUUAUCUCAAUGAUGCUGUGCUGGGAAUAUUAAGAUUGCGACGGAAAUUUGACCGUAUUCUCUAUGUGGAUUUGGAUCUGCACCAUGGAGAUGGUGUCGAAGAUGCCUUCAGUUUUACAUCCAAAGUUAUGACUGUGUCCCUGCACAAAUUCUCCCCAGGAUUCUUUCCAGGAACAGGUGACAUGUCUGAUGUUGGCCUGGGAAAAGGUCGGUACUACAGUGUCAAUGUGCCCAUUCAGGAUGGCAUACAGGACGAGAAGUACUAUCACAUCUGUGAAAGUGUACUAAAGGAAGUGUACCAGGCCUUCAAUCCUAAAGCAGUGGUUUUACAGCUGGGUGCAGAUACCAUCGCUGGGGACCCAAUGUGCUCCUUUAACAUGACGCCAGUGGGGAUCGGCAAGUGUCUGAAGUAUGUGCUUGAGUGGCAGUUGGCAACUCUGAUUUUAGGAGGAGGAGGCUAUAACCUUGCCAAUACGGCUCGUUGCUGGACAUACUUGACCGGGGUCAUCCUAGGGAAAACACUAUCCUCUGAGAUCCCAGAUCAUGAGUUUUUCACAGCAUAUGGUCCUGAUUAUGUGCUGGAAAUCACGCCAAGCUGCCGGCCAGACCGCAAUGAGCCCCAGCGAAUCCAGCAAAUCCUCAACUACAUCAAAGGGAAUCUGAAGCAUGUGGUCUAGUUGAUUUCCAGAGCUGGGAAGCAGUGCCUAUAAUGAAGACAGUGUGUUGAUGCAAGCAGUUUGUGGAAUUUGUGACUGCAGGGGAAAUUUGGAAGAAAUUACUUCCUGAAAAUCUCCAAGGGGCACCAAGUGGCAGCUGGCCUCCUGGGGUGAGGAGGCAGGCACCCCAGAGCCAGGAAGAUAUCCAAUGUUUAAAGUGUUUAUUUUAAAACACACACAAAUGCCGUUUUUAAUGUUUCAAAAUUAUUUUUAAGCAAAUUGGGGGGGAGUAUUUUUAUCUUCUUAAAGGGGACAAGUCACAAGCUGCAGAAAAGUGGGAUGGGGUGCAGCAGACAGGCAGGUUUGGACCCCAGGGCCAUUUGGUAGAGCCCUGUGGGGGGUGCUGUUAGCAGACUGGGGAGAAGAGGAGUCUUGCCACUUUUGUUUUAGUAU